UCUCCCCUUUCCCUGUCCAAAGCAUAUUCCCUUCUCUUAUUUAAUUCCAUUUUCCUUUUCCUUUCUCUCUCUCAUUUCCUUCCUUCAGACAUAACAACAACGCCAAAAUUCACGUCGCCACUCGCGAAAAGCCCAACCUCAGCAUUCAAUUAUUCUCCGAUCCCAACCAAACAGAAUCUUUUUGUCUCUCUCCCUUUCAGUUUUCUCAUUCCCCUCUCAAACGCCGCCGCGAGAACUCGCUUCGCAGGUUCUUGAACUGAUCGCCGUUGUGCGUCGCGAUGAAUAACGAUUUCGUUUGGCUGCCGUCGCUGUACUCGGAUCCCGAAGUGUUCACCUAUUUGGAGCCAUUCAUGCUCCGCAAUUCUCUGAGCUCGCGCUGCAUGCAUUCGCUGGCCAACAAUCCUGGAAGUUUCGCGAUCGGAGAAGCCUUGGGACACGUGUCGCGGUUCGCCGGCGCGUUUCUGGUGUGGCUCUCACGCACGUCGAGUUUCAAUGUGGCGUGUUCCCUGCGCGGUUCUCCUCCACCUCCUCCUCCUCCUCGGUUUGGUAGUGCGCAGGUUAAGGCCGUGGCGACGAAUGUGAGUCUGUUCGGGUUUCCGUUUCGAUCGAAGAGGAAAUCGUUUGCGUCUGUAAAGUUGGGGAAGAUAUCGAGUUUGGCGAUGAAGAUGAUUUGGAGUGAAGCGAAGAGGCUUCGGUCGUUACCUAUUCUGUCGCUGGCUGCAGCGUUGGUUCCACCUUUUCAAAACUUGUCAUCGAAUGUUCUAGCUAGCCCAUUGCAGAGUCCUGAUAUGCAAAUGUAUGGAACCAUUGACCAAGUGCCCAAGGAGGUUGAAUGCCAAGGGUGUCCGUUCCUGUCGUAUCUUGAGUUGAACCAAUCAAAACCUGCAGUUGAGCCUAAAACUGGCAUUGAAUUUCCCUUGGUUCUAGACAAUAUAUUUGCUGGAGAGAAGGAUUUUGGCUUCAACUCUGAGGUCCUGGUUGGAACAGGAUCCAGAACCAUGACAAUUGUUAAAAUCAAGUCACUGAAAGUCUAUGCUUUUGGAGUUUAUAUUCAUCCGUACUCCCUCUGUAAGAAAUUGGGGCCAAAAUAUGCAUCAAUUUCUGCUGAUGAACUGAAUAACCAUCAGGACUUCUACCAGGAUCUUCUCAGGGAGGAUAUCAACAUGACUGUUAGACUUGUUGUAAAUUGCAGGGGUAUGAAGAUUAACAGUGUGAGAAAUGCUUUUGAAAAAUCACUUCGAGCUCGAUUAGUAAAGACAAAUCCUUCCACGGACUUUCAUUGCCUAGAGACAUUUGGUUCAUACUUCGAAGAGAAUAUCUCAAUACCUUUGGGAACAGUAAUUGAGUUCAAACAAACAGUUGAUGGGCGUCUGAUCACUAAAAUUGGUGACAAUCAGAUAGGAAGUGUCCACAGCAAAGAUUUGUGCCGGGCUUUCUUUGACAUGUACAUUGGAGAUGUUCCUGUGUGCGAAGAAACUAAAAAAGAGAUCGGCACGAACAUAGCGAGUAUCAUUAGGAGGUGCUAAAAAGAUUCGUUUUCUACCCAGUUGGUUGUCCUACUUUUAGAAAGGACAAUUGGACAUGGGUAAAUGGCAUAUACCCUUAACUUAUACUAGAAGCAGUGGUUUCUUGAAAUUGAUUUAAACCCGCUUUAAAAAGUCAUUUGCAGGCAUUACUUCUCAAGGUUCGUCCUUUUCAAAUCAUAGAAUAGAAGUCUUUAGGAUAGCUUAAUUUGGAUUUUCACGGAAAAUUUUCUGUUCCAAUUGAUUUUAUCAUUAUAUUCAUCGUCUCGAUGUUAUCCCUCGUGUUAGAUGUACAGUCCUUUUAGAGAAUGAAAGGAAAAAACGCUUAUAUAAUCUUUUUACCCCUUU